UCUUCUCAGCUUCACUGUUUUUCCACCUCCAACACCUUCAACUCUCUUCUCCUCCAAGAGCUCCGGCCAGCGUUGCUUAAACCCUAGCUCCCACAGCUCCCUAAGGGCAUAGUCUUAUUGCCUUUCUUGAGAAUCUAAUAAAAGUAUGUACUAAGGGGACUUGGAAGAGGUGGUUGUAGUAGUUUAUUGGAGAAUGAAUGGAAAAAAGGGUAGUUAUGAGAUCAACAUUCCAUCAACUACCAAGGCUAAACAGCCUGAGAGCCGGAAGAAAUCUGGUGGCGGCGGCGGCGGUGGAGGCUUCUCCUUCAAAGGUUGGAUGUGGAGUGUGUGGGAAUUUGGAAAAGAAGAUAGCAACAGAGUAAAAUUCUCACUAAAGGUGGGGCUUGCUGUCCUACUUGUGUCUUUGCUUAUACUAUUCCGGGCACCCUAUGAUGUGUUUGGCACCAACAUCAUCUGGUCCAUCCUCACUGUUGCCAUCAUGUUCGAAUAUACAGUCGGGGCGACGUUUAACCGGGGAUUCAACAGAGCGCUUGGAAGCGUGCUUGCAGGAAUCUUUGCCAUUGCUAUUGCUCAGCUAGCUUUAAGUGCAGGCAGGGUUGCUGAGCCUUUUAUCAUUGGUGUGAGCAUCUUCCUAAUUGGGGCUAUUACAUCAUUCAUGAAGUUAUGGCCAUCUCUUGUGCAGUAUGAGUAUGGGUUCAGGGUCAUACUUUUCACCUACUGUCUGAUCAUAGUCUCGGGAUAUCGGAUGGGGAACCCGUUUAGGACUGCCAUGGAUAGGCUGUACUCGAUUGCCCUUGGAGGGAUUGUAGCAGUCUUGGUGAAUGUGCUUGUUUUUCCUAUAUGGGCUGGGGAGCAGUUGCACAAGGAGCUAGUCAAAAGCUUUGAGUCAGUGGCCGAUUCACUUGAAGAAUGCGUUAGAAAAUACUUGGAAGAUGAUGGCUCAGAUCAUCCAGAGUUCUCCAAGACUGUCAUGGACGAGUUUCCAGAUGAGCCUGCAUACCGGACAUGCCGAAAAACAUUGAACUCCUCUGCAAAACUCGAAUCCUUGGCAAAUUCAGCAAAAUGGGAGCCACCACAUGGGAAAUUCAGGCACUUCUUCUAUCCAUGGUCAGAGUAUGUCAAAGUUGGAGCAGUUUUAAGAUAUUGUGCAUAUGAGGUUAUGGCACUGCAUGGUGUUCUUCACUCUGAGAUUCAGGCCCCAUACAACCUUCGGCUCACAUUCCAAUCAGAAAUCAAAGAAGCAACAAGCCAGGCUGCAGAGCUGGUGAGGUGCUUGGGAAAAGACGUGUCGAGCAUGAAGCAAAGCAUCAAGACUUCCCUACUGAAGAAGGUUCACAGCUCCACUGAGCGUCUCCAAUAUGCCAUAGACCUCCAUUCCUAUCUCCUCACAUGCCAUUCCGACCCUCCCGACACCUCUUCCAAGCCUCUUUCCAAGCUCCUCUCCCAUGCCGUCUCCUAUGACCUCUCAGACCAGCUCAAUGACCCCAAUCCACAGACACAAGACACACCUUCCGGGACUCUCCCUCUCCCACUAGUGACGGCAGAGUCUUACCAUGAGAUGAUGAGGAAACAGAUGAGAAGGCUUCAUUCAUGGCCAUCCAGAGAGGUGGACGCCUUUGAAGAAGAGGGUGGCCUCUGUAUGGACACCCUGCCGAGGAUGAGGGCACUGGAGAGCACUGCAGCAUUGUCCCUUGCCACCUUCACUUCCUUGCUGAUAGAGUUCGUGGCUCGCCUUGAUCACUUGGUUGAAGCAGUUGACCAGCUUGCAGUGAUGGCCAAGUUUAACCACGAGAGCCUAUAAUCAUAUAUAUAUAAAUUUCUAUGUACAAAAUUUGAUAUAUGGUACUUAUGUACCAGGAACACCAGAAGACAAAGAAGGAAGAAGAAGGUAAUAGAGGGGGCUGUGUCAGUAACCAGAAAUAAAUUUGAGAAAUUGUCAAAAGAAAUGUCCUGUAUCUGAAGAAAAGAUUUAUGCUAUGAUUUUGGUAUAUAUA